AUGUCUGCGACGAAGCCAGUGACUGUGGUCGCCGAAGACGCGCCUGCGCAGGCGACCAAUAUUCCUAUCGGUAGUGGAGCUAGCACCUAUGACCAGUCAGGACAAGCAGCGGGCCGCUUCAAGCGUCGUCGCAUGAGCACGAACAGCGACUCGAAGCCGGCCUUUGAAAACAAGCUGCGUGGUAGUCUCGCUGCCAUGACAGCGAAGACGGCGAGAAACGAGAGUGGCGCGAAUUCUGGGCCAGCACCCAUUAUUGCUCAACCGGCUCCCGCUAAGAUGGCGCCUGUUCAGGCUCAGCCGCAGCCUGCGAUGGAAAUGACCCUGCUAGCGGACGAGCGCACGGCCAGCAAGAAUGCGCUCACGGACACAAGGCCUCGCGGAUACGCGGUGGCGGAGCGGGAAAGGACUGCUUCCUCGGAUGCCUUGGCUGCUUCUUGUGCUGUGAAUGCUGGCAUGUGCGACUGCGUCGCCGACAUCAUCUGUUGCCCUUGCGAGAUGUGCUGCUAG